AUGGUAAUAUUUUCUGCUUCGACUAAGAUUCAGGAUCUACUUAGAGUUGUCGUCCUUCUUCUUCUUCUUUUUCUUCUUCUUCUUCUUCUUCUUCUUCUUCUUCUUCUUCUUCUUCUUCUUUUCACCCUUCUUCUUCGUUUCUUCUUCUUCUUCUUCUAUCACUCUUCUUCUUCUUCUAUCUCUCUUCUUCUUCUUCUUCUUCUAUCACCCUUCUUCUUCCUUUCUCCUUUUUCUUCUCCCUCUUCUUUUCUUCCUCUUUUUGUACAUGUAUCAACCUUCUACUUCUUCAUAUAUCACCCAUCUUUAUCUUCUUCUUCUUCUUCUUCUUCUUCUUCUUCUUCUUCUUCUUCUUCUUCUUCUUCUUCCAUCCUUUAUUCCUUCCCAUUAAUGUCUCCGACACAUAUGGCCUCUCCCUUCUCUUGCAUUAUUUAUACCUUUAAUCUCUCUCUCUAUUAUUUCUAUUUCCAUUUUUUUUCUUUUAUUUUCCUUCUUAACAUUUCUUUUUUUUUCCUUUUGGUUUUUUACUUAUUCUUUAUUUAUUUUUCUCUUCGCUUCUUUCUUUUCCUUAUUUUUUUUUUCUUUAUUUGUCCAUCCAUUUUUUAUUAUCUUUCUUUCUUUUACUCUUUGCUCAUUCUCCUUUAG